UCUGGGUUCUCCCAAGUAAUCUUCACUUUCACGGCUGUCAAUUACGCCAUUGUAGUAAUCUUGGAAGGAGAGGUAUGUCUACCAUGGCAACUGUCUUUCUGAAAUUUUUAUCACUACACAUUCUUCUUCGUGCAUUAGAAUCAUUUUUCCCAUCAUUUACAUAUUUAUCCCAAGUAGCUUCUAAAUUCUUGGUUGCUUGCACUAGUUACAAAACAAAUAUUGCUAAUCUUGAAAGUAGAUUAGGAGAGUUAGUAUCUGUGAUUAAUGAUGUACAAAGAUUGGUUGGAAUAGCUGAAACUGAUGGGGAGUUGAUCAUGGAAGCAGUAGCAACAUAGGUGGUGAGAGCAAAUAAGACUGAACAAGAAGUGAGGAGGUGGAUAGAUGAUGAAGUUAAACAUAACAAGAAAUGGUUUGUGGGAAUGUGCCCAUCUUUUUAUUUCCUAAGUAUGAAGUCAGAGGAGAUGGUGGAGGAGAUUGAAAAGCUUUUAAGUGAAAAGAAAUCAUUUUCUUUUUUAUCAAUCCCUCAGCCUCCCUUGAACCCUGAGUCUAUUGGGAUUGAAUUUGAGGAGCAGUCCAAAAUGAUUUUGGAUGUAUCUGAUGGAUUGGAAGCAAACCCCCAACUCAUUCCUGAUGGACAGGGUGCAAAGGAGACAGAGUCACAGACUUUGGAUGGAUCCAACACACAGUCCAAACCUGAUGUUGUUGGAUCAGGAUCAGGAUCAGACGUGGACUCUGAAUCGAUUGUGGAUGGAUCGGACUUGGAGUUAAAACAUGGAUCUGAUAGAUUGGACACGAAAUCCAAACUGACAAAGGGUGGAUCAGACACAAAUUUCAAACUGAUCAUGGUUGGAUCAGGCACAAAAUCCAAACCUAUUACAUAUGGAUCAGAUGCAGAGUCGAUGACAUCUGAUGAAUGGGACUUGGAACCAAUUUCAGGUGGAGAUUUCAUGGAGUUUGAGUGCAGGAAAUCAAUCAUGGAAGAGAUGAUGAAGGGAUUAAAAGAUAAGGAGAUCAAUAUGAUUGGGGUCUAUGGCAUAGGUGGGGUGGGAAAGACAACCCUGGUAAUGGAAGUAGGUAAGAGAGCCAAACAAGGAGGAAUGUUUGAGGAGGUUGUAAUGGUGCCUUUGUCACAACACUUCGAUGAAAGAGAGAUUCAACAGAAAAUUGGGGACGCAUUGGGCCUGGUAGAACUUGAAGCACUUGAUACCAUUGGUGAGAGGGGAGAUGUGCUAUCCAAAAGGAUAAAGAAUAAAAAUCAGAUCCUAAUAAUCUUAGAUGAUGUUUGGGAUAGAUUUAAACCAUCAAAAAUAGGGAUUCCCCAUGGUAAGAAGGACCAUCAUGAGGGUUGUAAACUCUUAUUCACUACAACAAGUCAGAAGGUAUGCCAUGAUAUUAUGCCAAGGAAAAGCAAGAUAAUCCACUUGGACAACUUGAUGCAAAAAGAUGCUUGGCAUUUGUUCAGAAGGAACGUGGGUAAAUUUGUAUACUCCCCAUCUUGCAGAGAUUUGGCAAGGGAGGUUGCUAGUGAAUGUAGAGGUAUACCCUUAGCACUUGUUACGGUUGGAAGGGCAUUGAGAGGCAAGGACCCAAGCAAAUGGAAAGGAGCUGCUCAGGAGCUAAAUGCAUCCAAAUUUAAAACCAUAGAAGCCAAAGGCAUUGAUGCAACCUUAUUCUCAUGUUUAAAGUUGGGUUAUGAUUAUCUUGAAAAUGAAGAAAUCAAGCAAUUCUUUUUACUGUGUUGUUUGUUUCCGGAGAAGUUCAGUAUUCACAUAACAAAAUUGGUGAUAUAUGGAAUUGGGGAGGGAGUAUUUCAAUCUCAACAUGCCGAGACAUGGCCUGAAGUAAUGAAAACCGUAGAUGGCAUGGUGAAAAAGCUAAAAGAUUCUUGCUUCUUGUUUGAAGGAGAUGUUUCUGGUCAUGUAAAAAUGCAUGACGUUGUUCGCAGAUUUACAGUACUAAAUCAUCAUCGUCAUAUUGAAUCUAUGGUAAGAGCUGGCGAAGGGUUGAAGGAGUGGCCUAUGAGAGUGAUGGCAUCUGAAAAUUACAUGAGGAUCUCAUUGAUGUGCAAUGAUAUUCAUCAGCUCCCCAAUGGAUUGAAGUAUCCCUUACUCCGGAUGUUAUUGCUGCAACAGAAUCACAAUGUACAGGAGAUGUCUGAUGAUUUUUUCAAAGAACUGGAAUCAUUGAGAGUCUUGGAUCUUAGUGGGUGCUUUCCAUCAUUGGAGGCUUUGGAUCAACAUUUUCAUUCAGUAUCACGAUCACUUCUACAACCCUUGAAGAAUCUCCGGACUCUUUGCUUAGAUCAAUAUCUCAGGGGACCCAUACCUGAGCUUGGGGACCUAAAAAACCUUGAGAUACUUACUCUUUCCAAGUCUAAGUUCAUCACAGAGCUACCAAGAGGAAUAGAACAAUUGAACAAUCUAAGGCUCUUAGACAUCUCAUUCUCUCGUAUGGAAACAGUUCUUCCUAAAAUGUUCGUGAACUUGUCUCGGUUAGAGGUCCUAGACAUGAGAUGCAGCUUCCGGGGGUGGUCUUCAAAGACUGUUCAAGGAUCCAAUGCUAGCUUUCUUGAGGUGGCAUUUUUGCCUCGCCUAGUAGCUUUGUCGGUGGAACUGCCAGAUGCCCAGCACAUACCUGAAAAGGUCAAUCCUCCCCCAAAAUGGAAUAACUUUUGUAUAUUUAUAGGCAGUGAACAGGUAAGGCAUCUUGAGUUUCCAGAGGAUCUAAGUUCUAGAGUACUAAUCCUCAACACAUCUAUCAACACUUUCCCUGCUUGGUUUAACAAGUUGGUGGUGGAGAGAUUAGAAGUUCUUAUUUAUUUUGAAUGCAUGAUGUUGAAGAAUUUUGAUGAAGAAUUGCAUCUAAGUCAGGACACAUCAAUAGAGAAUAUGAGAAACCUCUCCAUCCGAGAUUGCGAUCACAUUGAAUACAUCAUCAAUGCAGACGAAUGGCUUCCAAAAACAAAGCUUGCCUUCCAUAGUUUGUUGAAGGAAUUACAUCUCCACAAUCUUCCUAGGCUUGGAAAGAUCUGCCUUGGCCAGCUUCAAAAUGGUUUCAAACUCCAAGUCCUUGAGGUGGAGGACUGUAAUGGUUUGACCGAUUUUCUUCUGCCAUCAAGUACAUGGAAGGGCUCUUCCCAAAGUGUGAUACUAUGCAGCCUCAAAACUCUAAUAGUGAGAAGGUGCCAUAAUUUGAGAUGUAUCUUCCCUUUGUCUGUUGUUCAAGGUCUUCUUCAACUAGUGUACCUAUUCGUGGAAGAUUGCAAGGUCCUGCAGGAAAUCAUAACGAAGGACAAAGUAAAAGAAGGGGUGAUGGAGAAUACAGCCAUUGCCCCUGACAUGGUCUUUCUCCCUUUUUUCAAGAGUCUACGGCUGGAAAAUUUGUACAACCUUAAGAAUAUCAUUCCAAAUGGUAUUGCCUUCCAAACCCCAUCUUUUGACACACUGUGCAUGGAGAGAUGUCCAGAUGCAGAGCAUUUUAAGAUUAAUAAAGGUGAUGAAGAAGAAACAUUACAAUAGACAAAGAAUGCAGGUGAUGAAGCUAGAAAAGAAAGACCAGACUAGGAGGAGGAUAAUCCUAUAUUAAAUUCUCUGCACUCUAAAAUGAGAGUGGAGAGAUGCAACGUUUAUUGUGAUUUUCCUUCUUUCCACUGCGCAGAAGGUUGGAAUUGACUAUUGUUGAUUUCGUUGUCAUAUUUCUUAUAUAUGUAAAUGAAGGGCAGUUUGUACUGAAUGUACAUGUAUAUAUGUGUGUCUUUGCGUGUGUAUUUGCAUUAUAAUAUUGUAAAUAUUGUAUUAUAAAUGUUGUAAUUGAUACUCUGAUAAGACUGAAAUAGA